AUGAAAGUUAUUGUAUUGUUAGCUGCGUUACGUGCUAUCAUGGCAGCUGAUGCUGAUACAACCACAGCCGCUGCCGAUGCAGCAGCAGCAGCCGGAGCAGCUGCGGUUACAACUACUACACCUGCUGCGGCCGCUGCAGCUGCGGCCACCACAACAACCCCUGUUGGGGCAGCAGCAGCUACCACACCUACCACUGCCGUUACAACAACCCCAGCAGCAGCAGCAGCCGCCACCACUGCAAAGACUGGAACCACCACAGGAACCACCACUGGUGUUGCAGCAGGUGCCACUACAGGUACUACUACAGGUACCACAACAGGAACUACCAAAACUGGCACUACAGGUACUACAGGUACCACAGGGACUACCACAGGAACAGCUAAGACUGGUACAACUACAGGUACUGUCAAUACUGCCACCAUGAAUGCCGACCAACUUGCUGCAUAUUCCCUUACUGCCACUAUGAAUGCUGAUCAAUUAGCCGCUUACUUGAGAACCGCCGUCACUACUACCACCAACGCAGCUGCACCUGCUUUAGCCGCCGGAGGAGCUGGUGCAAACACCCAAACCACUUCAGUAUAUAUUCCUCAAGGAGCUCCCGCUUCUGAUACUGUUAGUUUCAUUACUACUAGAGUUUUACGUUCCGACGAAACAGUUCAAGCUGCAGCUACUGCUGCAGAUAACUCCAACGACUCCAACGAAUCCCAAUCUGCUGAUUCUGAUUCUGCUUCCUCAGAUUCUGGUUCGGGUUCUCUUGGUAUGAGCUUAACGGUACUUAUUGGUGGUUUGGUAUUGGGACUUAUCUAG